AGUUGGGCACACUAGACCGACUUUUAUAUUGGUAUUGGUAUUUUACUAUAAUAUCUCGGUGGUACGUCGUCAUCAUUAACAUAUCGAACCAGAGGCUACUGAAAAUGACAGAUUCAAUGAAAUUUGGUCCGGAAUGGUUGCGCAACAUGUCAGCUGAGCCCGCAGGCUCUCCCAGUACUUACAACAUCGGUACCGGAGGACCAAAUAGCUCAAUUGCAGCGCACAACCUCGGCAACAACACAGCAUCUGCCUCGCGUAAUCUGUUUCCAGAAUACCGGUAUGGACGUGAGGAAAUGCUGUCGUUGUUUGACCGGAACUGUUUGCUACCGCAGAUCCUACCUUCGUUUAAGAAACUUUUCGUGGAGAAGGUUCAAUACCCACUUGCCCUUACCCCAAGCUCCGAGGAGGACAACAACCAAAACCCUCUUGGAAAUAGCUCGCGUCCUGCCUGGUUGCAGCGCUCAUCCGGUGGAUUUAGUACUGCUUCCCGGGGCACAGGACGUGGUGGGACAGUCGAACGAGGCCGAAUGCGCGGUAAAUCUGUCUAUCAUCCUAUAUAUCAACGUCCAAGUGGUCUUUACGAUGAGGGUUUAUCUGUUAUAUCUAUCAAGGCCGAACGUACUUGGAAUGACCGGAACGGAACUGGAGAUUCAGCAAUUGCUAACACUCCUACUACUGGUGCAGGUGCCUUGGAUUGGAACGGCACUCCAAGUUCAAGUCCUCGAAAAGACUUUUCGAGUCAUCAUCGCAACAUGGAGAAUUGGAGACGAACUAGGAACGAAGACGGAUCUGGAGAUGGUCCAGUUGCCAGCGGCCCAGACAUUGCUGGUUGGCGAAGUGGUGGCGGCGGAGGAAAUGCCACUGGUUUUGGUACAAACAGUCAUCGCUGGGGAAGGUCUACAAGUUGGCGCGAUGAAGACGCCAACGUUGAGAGUCAAACCAGCUUGCAGCGUUCAAUUUCAACGGUUGGGACUGUAGGCACAGAGCGUGAGCGGACUGGAAGCAGUAAGGGAUCUGGUAUGGGAGCGGGAGAGACAGGAGGAGGCACAUCCAACCCCUCUGCACGUUUGUCCAGCUCAAAGCCCUCACAACUGUGGAAUGUCAAUAGUAAUGCAGUCGGUGGUAAUGCCGAGGACAAUCUUCCAGAAUGGGCCAUGGAAAAUCCAUCGGAGUUGGGUGGCAGCUUUGAUGCAAGUGGGGCCUUUCACGGGGACACCGAUCUACAAAACAAAAAAAGUUCGCAUAGUGCCUUGAAGCCAGAAAGCUCAAACUCUGAGCACGAUGUGACAAAAUCAGAAAGUAAGGACGUAACUGAUAGGGAUAUUGUGAACGAUAACACAUCUGAGGACCCAUUCACAAAGGAUCCGAGCAUAGCAGCACAGGAAGCCAACAACAGCCGUAUGUCUCCAACAAACUCAGCAACGACAAAAAUUGAAGUGACCCACGGGGAUAUUUCAGACCGAAUCAAAGAAGUCGCCGAUGAAGUGGAAAAACUAAUAAUGGAAGAUGAUAAUCAAAGCCAACAUCAGAAUGAUGGCGACCAGUUUGCAGGCUCUCUGCCAGGUCUAGCAGACAUUGAGUUAAGCAUGAAACCCAAUCCUGUGUGUGUGACUACAGUUCGCCAGCAAGCACCUCCCACCAUGCCAAUUCAAAUGGCUACUUCACUUUCAGAAACAGCUCAUCCAGCCCAUCAGCACCCAGCUGUGCCGUUCUCAGAUCAUGUGACUAUGCAGCACCACAAUUUACAUCACCAGUCGCACUUUUCAAUGCUUCCAACACCCCAUAUGAUCAACCCAAAUCUCAAUGAAUUGUGGUUCUACCGGGAUCCCCAGGCCAACGUACAGGGCCCAUUCAGUGCCAUAGAGAUGACAGAAUGGUAUCGUGCUGGCUACUUUAAUGAGAACCUGUUUGUGCGCCGAUUCUCCGAUAAUAGGUUUAGACCGCUGGGCGAGCUUAUAAAGUUUUGCCAUGGGAACAUGCCAUUUACGCACAGCCACUUGCUUCCUUCACCAAUUGAGCUGGAGAACCUUCCUGUUGGUCCGUUGGUGCCCCCCGCUCUUCCAGCAGCACUUCCGCUUACACCACGUAAGCCAUCUCCAAUCACUCUGUCUCUGUCUGUUGUUGAACAGCAGUUGCAACAACAGAGGGACGAGCAACUCAAGGCAAACGUUACCGCUGCUGCGGAGUCCCUUAGCGCUGCCAUAAAGGGAAACCUUGGAGGAAACAGCAGAGGCUCUACAUCGCAUUUGCUUGCAAUGCGAUUCGAGAUGCUGCAAGAUCAGUACUUACAGCACCAGGAGUACCAAAUACUGGCCGAGCUAUCGAAGAAUGAGUGCUUUCAGCGGCUUUCGGCAGUGGAAAGAGAAGCGGUUGUUCGGCGCAAAGUUCAAAUGCUCGUUCUUCCUGAGUAUUUGAGCAGCCUAAAUGCACUUAGAAAUUCGCUGUCCAUGCUAAACCCUGUGGCUGGAAGCCAGUUGUACAGUGAAGUGGUCGAACAAGCCAAAAAGGAUCAGCCGCACAUGUUUGCAACCAGUAACGAACAGCCGCGUUCAGUGGGUAACCUGUUAGAUGCCAAUAACUUCGUUCUAAACGCCCAAAUUAUGCAUCAGCAAGCACAGACUGUGGUAGCUCCUUUGGCCACAUCUGCUGAUUGUGUUAUGCACAGUGGCUCGGCAGCCGACCAUAACAAACUUGAUGAGCUGCCCAGAAAUGACUUGGACCUGUUGAAUGAAUACAAUUUACGAAUGCUGUUGCGGGGCCAGCCCACAGUUGGCCAGCAGCAACAGCCUUCACUGCAAAGUUCUGGCAACGAAAAUCUUUCUGGAGGCGGUUUUAUAACUGAAAAUCAGUUGCUAGCAGGACAGAACUUAAUGAUUCCGAUGUGGCUACCGCCCAACAAGCACCAGCAGCCCGACCAACAGUGGCCUGGAAUACCUAACACGAAGGCAACAUUGUGGGAAGUGGCCAAUUUAAACGAAGAACAAAACGAAGAGCAGCCACUUUUAGUACAAAAGUUACAUGAAACCUGCUUUGCGGAUCCAUUGCAUUCUGUGCAAACAUCACCACUAUCCAAAGUUCAACCAGAAGACAAUUCAAAGCCAGCCUCCUCGGCCGAUUUAGAUCAUGCUACUGACAAUCUAAAGGAUUCCAAUAAUCAAAAGUUAGCUACACCAUUUGUUUCCGACACAGAACAGUAUCAGAACAAGGAACAACAUCCAAACCAGCAGCAGGCAAAACAGACUAACAAACAGCAUUUGAAUGUGAGGCAGAAUCCGCCGCAGUCGUCCGCAACAAAGCAAACAACUGAAGACGAUCGCAAGCGGGAGCAGACAGAAGAAAAAAGACGCCAAAAGGAGGAGCGCAAGCGACAGCAACUAGAAGAAGAAAAACGCCGUGCCAUGUUGGAAUCCGAGGAAAGGGCCCGCCAAAUGCAGGAGGAGAAGGAAAGGCAACAGCAAAUACAAGCCCAACGUCGAAAGGCGCUAUUGGGCAAUGCUCAGUCUUCAGUGCAAAGUGGCAUGACAGGAAAUUCCGCUCUUGCCCACGGCAAUAAGAAUGACGCCGUCAAGUCGGCUGAACCGCAAGCAGCUUCACGUUUACCUGCUGCAUCCGUGGCGCCGUGGUCUCUUCAGUCACCGAAUUCCAAAAGCACUGCGCCUGGACUGGCUGAGAUACAGAAGGCAGAGCGGCGGGAGCGACGCGCGGACCAGCAGCGCCAUCAAGAGCUGCUAGAUAAGCAAUCGCGAGCCAACGCUGCGGCAGCGGCUGAAGCCAAUGAUGCCUUGCUAAAAUGGCAGGCGGCACCAGCGGCGACUCCCGUAAUGAGCCUGGCCGAGAUUCAAGCAGAAGAGACCAAGCGAUUGACCAACGACCUCUUGGAUCAGCAGCGUCGUCGCGAGCUGGAGCAACACCAGCAUGCUCCGCUGCAGUCAGCCUCUGUUGGGGCGAGUGGAACCUCCAACAUCUGGGGCAGCGCCAAUAAGGCAUGGAGCGGUGCGAGCGGGGCUCCCUUACUUCCGUUGAGGUCGAGCACUGGAGCUGGUCUGUGGGACGAACCAAGUGCCUCAGGUACUAAUCAGAGUCAGGGUCUGUUUGGCACUGGAACGACUAGUGGCGGUUCCGUCACUGCGGCAGCAGUCCUGGCAGGAGCACUGAGUUCGGCCAGCAAAACCAAUCCGCAUGAUCAAAAACAGUCUGUGGCAUUUGCAUCGCCUCGGAAUUUACGCAAAAGUCAGACAUUGCCGGCCAUACACAACACAGGAAAAGCCACUAAAACAGCACAAGGACAACAACAGCAAGAGAAACCGAAGUCGGAUCAGAUCCGUGCGGGCUCGAAAGGUGCAGCUACUUCAACUGAUGACAAGGACAAGGAGAGAAAGUCCAAGGCGCAGCAAGGCCCCUCCGAACAUGCCACUAGUAAGGUUAACGAGUACGAAAACGAGUUCACCAGCUGGUGCAUAAAGAGCCUCGACAAUAUGUCCGCAAAAGUUGAUGUGCCAACAUUCGUAGCAUUCUUGCAAGACUUGGAGGCACCAUAUGAAGUGAAGGACUAUGUGCGAAUAUAUCUUGGUGAAGGAAAAGAGUCUUUGGAUUUCGCCAAGCAGUUUUUGGAACGCCGCAGUAAAUACAAGAGUUUGCAGCGGGCCCAAAAUGCACACAACGACGACAUGUGCAAGCCAGCUCCCGCCAUAACCCCAUCGGCGAACGACUAUACUGACAGCAAGAACAAGCAGAAGAAAGUGAAGAAGAAUAAGAUGACUAGAAUGGACGCCCGCAUUCUUGGGUUUUCGGUUACAGCCGCCGAGGGUCGCAUAAAUGUUGGCGUUCGUGAUUAUGUCGAAGGACCAUAAACAGCAGAAAGGCCAACGACAACCUCAAAUUUUAUAUAAAAUUGCAAAUCUUAUAAACUACAGAAUUAAAGUAAGUGUUAGGUCACAAAUGAAUGUGCGCUAAACCCUGAUAUACCUUAACAAAUAAAUAAAUAUAUGUAUCAAUAUAUAU